GUUGUCAGGAUUUUGGCUAUUGUUGUUUUGUUCAGCCGUGUGACGUCUUCUUUUUAACUCCGUGUUCCCUUACACAGCCACACAGUGUGUUGUCAUUCGCGCUCUUUCUGUUUCAUCUAUGCAAAACAAUAAUAAUAAUAAAAAAAAAUAUCGUCGUUUUUUUCGUGGCCCAUUCUAUUCCGUUUACAUUUCGGUUGAGCAACAAAAAAAUAAAUUUGUUAUGUAUUUUCGGUCAUUGUCAAGUGACUGACUAUUUUGUUUUAAUCGGUAUUUAAUAAUCGCGUGAAAUGUUCAAACAAUGGUGUGUUGUACGCUAUAUCAUUUCAAAAAUAUAUUAUCGUGUAUAGUUUGAUAUGUGCUUUUCAUUUUUUUGUUAUUUUUAUUUGCCCCGUGUGUUUUCAAUACAAAAGUAUUUUAAUGCGAGAAGAUGAAAAAGAAUUGGAUGUUUUAAUGUAAAAAGUGUAUCGGACAACGCAUUAACAUUAAUGAAGAAGAGCACUUAAUUUUGUCUAGAGCUUUGGAUGCAACGGAGUGUUUUUCACAUUGUUUUUCUUAUACGCCGUUUAAAAUGCAAACACUAAUUUUACAAGGAUUCGCGAUCAAGAUGUUUUCAUGUUAUUUGCGUCGGCUGUUUUUAAAGCUCAUUAAUUUGGUUUAAUUUGGUGGCGUUCAUUUUUCUGAAGCAUCAAUGUGUAUUUCAGCUUUAACAAGAUUUCCUUUUUCGAGUCAAAAAUUUACACGCACAUCAGUUAGGAACGAAAACACAACGUCAAAAAUUGUAAUUUGACAUGCACACAUUUCGAAAAGAAUGAAUGAUGUUACGCACACAAUCAACUAAUCGCCAUCUGUCGAUACAUCAAAUGAACUAUACUAGUGAAUAUUAUAAGACAAGCAGCCGAACAAGAAAUUUGAGCGUAGAAAAGAAAAAACGAGAGAUAUGAGCGAUGAGCAUGACUAGCAAACCAGCCGAGAAUUAAUCGAGUCGGGCCCAUGAAGAGAGCAAAUAAACAAUCGCCAGGAUAUUGCAUAUGAUUUUGCAUUGCGGUAAAGUGAAAAACAAAACAACCGAAUUAAAUAUGUACAGACCGAAGAAAAAAAUUGUUUAUUACAUCUAGACAGCAACAAGACUUAACAAAUUGAAAUGGCAUCGUUCGCCGUUGGCUGUAAAAUACAUUCGAAUACAUAUACAAUAAAAUGAAAUUCGUUUUGAAAUAUAAAUUAUUGGAUGAUUGUGCUAAUGAAAGUGUCGAUUUCGGCCAAUUCAAUGAACAAAAACAAAAAUCUGUAAAAAAAAACAUGAACAGCCGCAGUUAUUUGUACAAUUUUUAUUUUCUGUUUAGUAACGAACGCUUUCCAUUCUUAUGAUCUCGAACGGUUAGAUCGAAUGAAUUUCAUGGCAAAAUGAAUGAAUAACAAAAUGUGCAUUACAUAAAAAUAAACGAUAAAUAUUAGAGUGAGUUAUAGCACUCGUUUUCUCGUGUUAAAAGUGAUAAGCAGUUACAACUAAAAAAGCGUUUCAAAAUUCAAAAGAAAAAAAAAAGAACGAGAAAACAAAAAAAUUGACUAUUGAAUAAAGAAAACAAUCAAAAAGAAAAACAAACUUCAUCAUUGGUCAGCUCCAAAGAUGAUGUUUUCUGGUUUGAAGAAAACAGGCAUCACACAAAAUAGUAACAAUGGCGUGAGAAAACGUGAACGAUAUCCAGAGUCAAAGACAAACAAACAAAAUGCUCAGAAUCGAAAUAAGAAUCCAUCGAACGACAUAAACAACAUAAAUCCAACAACUAAUAAUUCAACAUCCUUACCACGGAAAAGCACACAGAACAACCAAAGCAACAGCAACACUUACCCUACUUUACCAUCAUAUUUAAGGCUUGGUGUAAAGCGCACCAAUGACGAUCACAGUGAUGAUCGUGACGCUGUGGCUGCUGGCGGUGGACACAGCAAGGAUAGUAUUGCAUCAUCGUCAACAUCAUCGAUGUUAUAUCGAAGCAGUAUAUCCGAUCUUGGCGGCAGCAGUUCAGCUUUAGUACAAUUUACAAAUACCCGCAUCAAAAGUAUCACCAAUCGACGCGGUGCCGUUAAAUAUCAGAAAACACAUAAUAUCAAUGGGCAUAAAUUUGUAGCGAAAUUUUUUCGACAACCAACUUUUUGCGCAUUCUGCAAAGAAUUUUUAUGGGGCUUUGGAAAACAAGGAUAUCAAUGCAAUAGUGAGUUAGAUCCUAGCAUGUCAGACUGCUGUACAUAAGAAAUGCCAUGAAAAACUACUUGGAACAUGCUCUGAAUCGGUUUUUAAUUCGGAAAG